AAAUACGAUUCAUACUUAGGUGCAAAUUUUUCCUAUUUUAUAUUGAAACGUAUCGACAUAAAUAAUAUUGACAUUGGCAAUAUCGUUCGAGUGAAAUAUAAAGAGGAUUUCGUCUCAUCAAAGCAAACAAACAAAUUUGUGACAACAAUUAAUAUGAUCCUGUAUUACUUCCUGUUAGAUUUGUAAGCAAAAUUUCAGUGUUAAUAAUGGGUAAAGUGACUGUAACUCUUAUAGGACUAUUAAAUGUGAUUAGAAAUUAUAGUUUAAUGUUCAAGACAUGCUAAAACCAACAUCUUCGUCAGAUUCAUGGGAAUUUCCUUGGAAUGGUAAAAUGAGAAAAAAUCGACCGUUAACGGUACCGCCGAGUCAAAGUGGUAGACAAAUAGGAGAAAUUUGUUUCAUGUUAUGUUUUUUAGCUGUUCUUAUGCUCAGUUCAAGUUUAUCCUUAAUCGGUCUGUCUAUUUGGUCGUUAGUAAUUAAAGCAGUAAAUUACCGUUACUUGUUGGAUAUAAAGGUAGAUAUACCGUAUUUUAGCUUACCGGCGGCUUUUUUACUUUUACCUGGAUUUUGGAUAUCUGCAUCGUCACACAACACCAGGAAAAGAUUAAUAUCUACGUAUUUGCUUUUGAUAAUUAUAACGCUUUCGAGUAUUUUGUUAAUAACUGGCUCAUCUAUAGGAUUAAAUUAUACGGUGAAAACGGAAAAUGGAUAUAACCAAAUAUAUUCUUCCUUGGAAAAUAGCGAUUUGAAUAAAUCCGUCAGUUUUUCUUUUUUGAGAUAUAAUACAAGCGAAGAUGAUAAGUAUGCGUGGGAUCGAAUGCAACAACGUUUAGAAUGUUGCGGAAUUUCCAAUUACCACGACUGGGAAACCGUGGGAUUGGAUAUUCCAAAUUCUUGUUGUAAUGAAGAUGAAUGUACAGCGGAAACAUCUUUCGGCAGGUCCUGUUUGGAUUCGAUGAGUAGAGAUUUAGUAUGGCACCAGAAUAUUUUAAAAUCUCAGUGUUACAUUAUGGCAGUUGUACAAAUUGGAACUGGAGCCGUUUCUCUUUUAGUUUAUUUCGCGGGCCGUUUUUCAAACUGAUAUUUGACACCUUGUAUAUAAUUUACCAUUAAUAAAAUUUUGUUGAGUA